UCUCCUCAAAAUUGGCUGAUGACAGGAGUGCUGUUUUUUUGUUUUUGUUUUUGUACGGUUUUUGUGUAGGUUUGCGCGCAGAGACGCUCGACUGAAAUCCGUCAUUUAAAACCUUUCAACGAACGUGUCAAAAAGCGAAGAAAAGAACAGCUCGAGUUCAUAUACUUAGUGCCACCGUGUCGAGUGCAAUAGUGUGUUUUGAUUAGCGUGUCGCAAUUCACGAUAUCCACUUCGGAUGUGCCGAUGGCAAUCAUGGAAGACUCGAUGAAGUGGACGCCGUUAUGCAUACUCAAAGGACAUUUAACUCGAUACCUGCAGCAAUGGAACUUACCGUGGCUGUCGAUAGUGUUCGUGUUGCUUUUGAUGAUUGCCACCGCAUGGGCCGGCCCUGUGAUGCACCAGACGGCCAAUUUGGAUUCGGCUGCCAAUGGCGGAAAUGGAGUGGUAGAUCUACAACGUUUCUCGCGUUCUCAUUUUGCUUUCUCCUUGGACCUGUACUCGGCCCUGGCCAACCAGAACCCGGCCAAUCACGAGGACGAGGCGGGCAAUUUACUGUUUUCGCCUUACAGCGUAUCGACAGCCCUUUCGAUGAUCUUUCUCGGUGCCGGAUCGGGAUCGACCACUUCGCUUCAGCUUCGUUCGGCCCUGCACUUGAACAAUUUCAGCUUCAGCGAUGUUCACGACUCUUACAAGACUGUCAUCAACAAAUUAACGGACCCAUACUACGCCGACAUACUGGUGACGAUGAACGGCAUCUUUCAACAGCAGGACACGUACAUUUCGGAGAAAUACAAGCGAGCCUUGGAAGAAUUCUACAAUGUUCGAAUAGAACCGGUGGACUUCGUCCGGCAUCCCCAGUUGGCUGUAGACAGCAUUAAUUCCUGGGCGAGGAAUUUCACAAAGCAGACCAUUGCGCAUCCGCUUUAUAAGCCGACAACACAACCGUCCAUUAAUCCACUGCUAGGAAUUACUUUAGCUAACGGGCUGGCAUUCCGCUCUCACUGGCUCUUUCGUUUCGAUCCUGCUUCUACGUUUGACAAGGGACUCUUUUAUACGACUUCGAAAAAAAGAUUUGAAAUCCCGAUGAUGGUCGGUCGUUUUAAGAUACCAGUUGGUUACAGCGCCGAUUUAGAGUGCCGGAUAGCAGAACUGCCUUUCUCGUCUAGAAGAGUAUCUUUCUUUAUAAUUCUACCGGAUGAUGUAGAUCGAGGAAUCACGAAACUUGAAGCUAACAUGACGUCUGAUAAUAUCAAAGCCCUGUUCUCUACAUUAAAGGACGAAACCGUCAACAUCCGGCUUCCGAGGUUCCGUUUGGAGCAACAGGAAAUGGAAUUAACUAACAUUUUGGCAUCGCUUGGAAUCACUGAUGUAUUUGACAACGAGGCAGCAGAUUUAAGUGGCAUUUCGAGCGAAAAGCUUCGCUUAAACCACGUGAUUCACAAGACAUUUUUGGAAGUGCAGGAAGAUGGAAUGGCCGAAGCGACAACGUCUGGGCUAAACCGGUUGGGGGCUUUUGGUGAGAAAUACUUUGAAGUAGAUCAUCCAUUCAUCUUCUUUUUGUGGGAUUAUCACAGUGGUAUCCUUUUAUUUAUUGGAAGAAUCACAGCUCCUGAACCUUUGAUUAACUAAACCUUUUUGAAUAAGUUAUGAGACAACAGUGACUUUUUUUUUGCAUGCAUCAUCUUCCCUUAUUUGCACACUUGUCUGUCUAGUAAUCUGUAGACUGUCUGUGCAUGUCUCUGUAUAUACAUUUGUUGCAAUGUUUGUU